AUGAAAUCCAAGACCUUGAAAAAAAAAUUGGAGAAAGUAGCUUUGCCUCACGUGUAUUCCUCAAAGGAGAAUGUCUGUCUGAAGAAGAUACAAGAAGUUGAUGAACUUUUUCAACGGGCUGCCAAGACUUGUAUGGAAGAAAUUUGGGCCUACUUGAUGGAUGAUGACAUUCAAAAGAUUAGAGUUUGGGGGAUGGGAGGAAUAGGGAAAACAACCAUCAAGAAGCUCGUACACAACCAGCUAUUGAAAGAGACUGAAAAGUUUGACAUUGUGAUAUGGAUCACUGUAUCAAAGGAGAUGAACAUCAUUAAACUGCAAAACAAGAUUGCACGUGCAAUGAAAGUAACCCUUGAUGAAGAUGAAGAUGAACAAUAA